AUGGCUAUGGCCGAAUACCCACCCUACACGCCGAUGCCCUCGCUCAACCACGAGCUAGGCCUGAUGUUCGGCUUCCUCUCUCUCUUCGUAGUGGCUAUGGGCGUAUACACCGCUCUCUGGCGUGUAUUCCAUACCCGCCUCCACGCCCAACACCUCGCCCACCGAAAAGCCUACCGCGACAAAACCCCAACCCAAGCACCCCUAGGAACAACAACCUCCGUAACAGCAGGCCCAACUCAAAGUCCCAAUAAAGACGCAACACCCAAUGCAAACGUGCAAGAAAAAAUGCUCGACCGCAUCGGUAAGCCCGAGAACCGUGCUGAGUUACCUGUCCACGGGAUGGAGAUGUAUGCGGCGGGGAAGUUGAAUGCGAGAACACAGCCUUUCAAGUGUCCGUUUAGUCGGGCUACGCCGCUUAGUCCUGUUAGUUCUGUUAGUUCACUUGGGGGGCAGGAGUGUGAGUCAGGGGCUGGGGGUUGA